CCCUAGAGCCUGUCCCUUUAACCUAGAGCUUGUCCCUUUACCCCAGAGCUUGUCUCUUUACCCCAGAGCCCGUCCCUUUAACCCAGAGCCUGUCCCUUUAACCCAGAGCCCGUCCCUUUACCCCAGAGCCCGUCCCUUUAACCCAGAGCCCGUCCCUUUACCCCAGAGCCUGUCCCUUUACCCCAGAGCCUGUCCCUUUAAUCCGGCGCCUGUCUCUCACGCAGCCCCAUUCAUUGCUGUGAUAGCUCCGCCUGUGGUGGUAGUGGCAGCGGGUUGUGUCUGAGUGGACCCCGGGCUGUGCCUGACUCUCUGUGGAUCUCUCGCUCUGGACGGGGCUCGAACACUCGCCAUGGACGAGUCAGUCAAUGUCACGGCCACCUCUUCCAGCCGCGGGGUGGUCAUCCAGGUCCGGGAGAAGAAGAGUUGCCUGAGAGCGGCCAUCCCCUACAUGCCUUUCCCUCUGGCUGUAUUCUGCCUCUUCCUCAACACCUUCGUCCCAGGAUUGGGGACCUUUGUGUCUGCCUUCAUGGUGCUGUGUGGAGCGAGGACCGAUCUGCCAAACCGUCACAUGUGCUGUGUCUUUCUUCUUAACGUGGCUGCUGCCCUCAUUCAGAUCCUCACAGCGGUGGUGAUGGUGGGCUGGAUCAUGAGUAUAUUCUGGGGCAUGGACAUGGUCAUCCUAGCCAGCUACAAAGAGCAGGGGAUUCCUCACCAAGUGUAAUUCCGUCCGUGGAAGGAUCAGUCGUUGUCCUGCCAUUUCCCACCCGCAGCUGCGGCCAGAGGACGUUCACUGGGCCCUUCAGGAUGUCAGUAGGCCCGAAUGUCAGGCUGACUUUGAUUGUUUUUAUUUGUUUCAGUCAACUGUUUAUAACUAUGCUGAAGGGGAAUGGGGGGGCGGGUGGUGGGUGGUAUGUGAUUAAAAAUAAACCUGAUCAGUAACGCCCUGUACUUGCCCCUCUGCUUUUGGAACUGCCCAUUCGGUUGACCUGCAACGACCGUUUCUUCAACCGUUUCCAUGGUGAAGCGCCCUCAUUUUGCCAACGGUCUCCAGCACGAGCCGCCCAGGGACCAGAUCCGGCUUUCCAGUAAAUUCCAGGGACGUUUUUUUAAAAAUGUUUCUGGCUGAGCCUGGGAUUUAAAGUGCUAAACCCACUGCUUUGUUUAAAAAAAAAACACAUUCGGAUGAACAAUUCUGAAGAACGCUGGGAACAAAUUCUGAAUUAAUUCGUGCUUUGGAAAGUUAGUGUGCGGACAAUGUGUCAGAACCAAUGAAAGGGAUUUAUGCCUGUCUUUUUUUUGGGAACCCUCAAAACCGUAGUUAUUAAAGACUAACCAGGAAGCUGAGGGCAACAAAGUAUUUUCAACUCCUCACCACCGUGCAUGUUAUGUUUCAUUCAAGUGAAAGCGUUUUGCAUCAAUAUGAUCUGUAAAUACCUACUGGAAAUUCUAAUAUAAAUCAAAAUUGAGGCAGGUUGGUUGAUUGAUUGAAAAUGGAUGAUGUGACCUGUUGUCCCCUCGUCCUUUGAUAUUCCUGCCUCUCUGGACUCUGCAUGAUGCCCACUCCUGGCCACUCAAUUAACAUUGAGUCCACUGCCUUCUUUCAGCAUCUCCUGGCAUUUAUCCAGACAGAACAUUCUCCUUAACCCCCUUAGGGAUUCCUGCAGGAGACAAGAGUCUUCCCAAGUGACUCAAAAAAAAAACAAAAUGGAAACGCAAGAAUUCUUGAGAUAUUUAUGAAAGUGCCAAGAAAUUAUGAUUGAGUACUUCUGCCUAUGAAUUUGGUAGACUUUCAAACAAUCCAGGAUGGAUUUAUAUGUAUAUAUUUGUAAAUAUAUUCUGGUGUACGCAUAUUUGAGCGUUUUAAAUCUUUAGUCGAUGCAUGGAAACAAUUUUGAUAAUGUGAGCAUUUUUCAUGUCCCUUGGAGGAUUGACAGUAAUGUUUGCUUCUUGUGACUAACUUUUAUGAUUGGUAAUUAUACAAGUUUAUUGUGAGAUUUACUCUUUUACUUUUUAAUGAAAAGGAAUGGUCCAGAUGCUUAAAUCACUUUUUUUUUCCCGCCCACUCCUACCCCCCUCCUCCUCAAUUGAGCUGACACUUCAUCCAGUCCACAAAUAAGGUUUGGAAGGGAUUUUUCCAUGUUGGCUAAAAUAUAAAAACUGGAAUGUGGGAUGCAUGUGCAGGGAAAGAUAGUAAAGAUGUUUCUGUAUUUCAGUAACAGCCUCCACUUCUUUUCUAACUAGAAUCACCAAUACUAGCUAUAGUCCUGAACCUUUUCAAUUACCAAUGGCCUGGCCACUCAGUGCCUAUUCUUUCCCCAAGUUGUAGAACCCCGAUAGUUGCUUCGUACCUGACGUGGAAAUGCUUUUCCACGGAUAAUUUGCAAUCCGAUAUGGUUGUGGUUCUGUUUUAUUAUGGAAGCCAAAGGGAUCAGUCAGCUGGGUUUUGUUGAAUGACUGGUUUGUGAUGCUGAGUGACAAACAGCCAUGCAGUACAGGAGCAGGCCCUUCGGCCCUGCGCCAACACGUUUUGCCCUUCCAUACUAAAACUGUUUUCACUUACAGGAUCUGUAUCUGUCUAUUCCCUUUCCCAUUCACGUAUUUGUCCAGAUGUUUCUUGAAUGCUGCUUUUUUUGCCUGCUUCCACCACUUCCUCUGACAGUGCGUUCCAGGCACCCACCACCCUUUUGUAUGAAAAACGGGCCUCACAUUUUAAACUCCCCACACCCCCGCCACACCUUGUACCCAUGUCCCCCAGUAAUUGACCCCUCCACCCUGGGGAAAAGUCUCCUACUUUGCACACUAUCCAUGCCAUUCAUAAUCAUGUGAACUUCUAUCAGGUCACCCCUCAACCUCCUGCCUUCCCCUGAAAACAAUCCCCAGUCUAGGGCGGCACGGUGGCUCAGUGGUUAGCACUGCUGCCCCACAGCACCAGGGACCCAGGUUCGAUCCCGGCCUCG